CUCUGGCUCGGUCUUUCAAGGAUAUUACUUUCUCYUGCCUAUUUGUACUGAAAUCCCAGCCCGGACGCCUAGUCAUUUAUUGUUUGGUGUACUAGAUCAGCUUUAGAUCGGACGGUCUACACGUAACGUCAUUGUUUACGUAGUAGUAACCUUGCAAUGGAACAGAACUACAAAUCCACUCCAAUCACAGAGCUUCCAAAUGAGACAACARCCGAUAUUGAUUCGUCUGAUUCGACAGGAAUCGUAAGAAUCCUUCGACAAUGCGACGGGCAAAUUUUUUCAGGAUGGAGAGAUCACUCGUGUAUUUACGACGAGGAGACUCUCAAACCUCUUGAAAACCUUAACAUAUACAUACAACAAGCUCUUCUACAUCCUGAUAGCUAUUGUGUAGUGUUCAGUGGCUGUGGAACAUCAGGGCGGAUCGGGUUUAUGCUCGCAAACAAGUUCAAUGAGCUUUCCAAACUGCUGGGUACUUCCGGUCCAUUCAGGUACAUUAUUGCAGGAGGUAACGCUGCUCUUUUCUCGUCCGUGGAAAUGCCUGAAGACGAUUGGCGUCAAGGACAAAAUGAUUUAAAGGAAUUGGUAAAAGAUAAAAAGAAGGUUGUAUAUAUUGGUAUAUCWUGUGGAUUGUCAGCUUCCUACGUGGCAAGUCAGCUGGAUUACUGCAUGGACUAUCCCGAUACCUUCCWUCCUGUCUUACUUGGAUUUAACCCUGUACAUUUGGCACGAAAAAACACAAUUGAAAACUGCUGCAAGACGUUCUUUGAUGUUGCUAAAAGACUAUCUCAAUACAAAGAUGGAAUUAUCAUCAACCCAGUUAUUGGUCCAGAAGCUAUCACAGGUUCGUCUAGGAUGAAAGGCGCAAGUGCAACAAAGAUGUUGUUGGAAGCAGUUCUGAUAAAAGCACAUGUUGAAGCACUGGUGACCCCAGGACGUCACGAAGCACUGAYCCCAGGACGUCAUGUUAGUUUGCGCAAUGUUCUUCCAUCUUAUCAGUCAGUCUUUAGAGAAAUCUAUCUUCAUAUAUCAGAUAUCUCACAAGUGGUCUCUCUUGCUGGCGAGAGUUUGAGAAGAGGCCAACACGUUUACUAUCUGGGGUGGGGCUCASCAAGCUUUGURGCURUGCUGGAUGCAUCUGAGUGCGUUCCAACGUUYAGCUCAUCCUAUAACGAUGUUAGAGCUUUYAUAAGUGGGGGUUUAGAGUCCAUUGGCAUCGAAGGAACYGGGGUACAAACAUCUAUUGAACAUUUYGUUUUAAAUGUUUUACCUAAUUUGACGAACUACGAUACAGUAAUUAUGGUCUGUCUGUUUUCCAAGAACCUCGAGGAAGCCACUGAAAUUGCUAAGAAAGUAUCUCAGCAAGGAGCAAGAAUUGCUGGCAUAAUAUCCCAAAAUACAAUAAAUAUUGAAAACUUUCUCGACAUCUGCAUUAAAGUCGACARUACAAAGUACACSUACCCYAACUCUCUAGCAAACACGAACGUACAAAAAUGUUUCCGCAAGUGCUUGGAUGAGAUGUCAGUGAAAUUGUUUCUUAAUGCCGUUUCAACCGGAGCUCACGUCAUUAAAGGUAAAAUUCUACGAAAUUUGAUGAUCGAUGUGAAAGUCAGUAACAACAAGCUUUUUCGUCGUGCAGUCGGAAUUGUCUCGACGCUUUCUCGCGUUAGCGAAUACGUAGCRUUAACCGCACUAUUGAAGGCUAUCUACAGACGAGAGACAAUUCCAGAAUCAWUGAUAGACGAGGCGAUAUCUAACCACGUGUCAGUUGGUACASGUAAAGACAAAGUCGUCCCUUUGGCAAUACUUCUCACUACUAACAAAUUCAGCGUGCAGUCGGGAUUGAAGGCACUUGAAGAGGGAAGGGUCUCAGAUUUGCUGAAGGAACUAACAAAUGAAGAAUCAUCUGCAGAGCGAAGAGGAUGAUGGUUUUUUUUCUUACCCCCCUCGAUCAUAAGAUAUUUAAAGGAUGUAUGUUGGCUAAUCGCUACACAACAAAAUAACGAUUUGUCAGGGACUCCAAUUGAACUGAGGAAGAUCUGAGUUUACGCAAAGAUAAAUAAAAUAAAAUAUUGGAAAGUGCAGUCAUUUUAUUCAGCGGUCAAAUGUUGUCUUAGCAACUGUCUUUCAAUUUCUACAAAAACAUUUGCAUGUAUUAUGUCAGUGUCAUUUAUCGUCAUAAGUCUUUAAUAACAUUAUAUGUCACGUUAGUGACUAAAUUUUUUUAAACCCUUUUCAGCACCGAUAUCGUACUAAAAUAUAGAUGCAGUGGACAAACUAAUAAAAAUGAACCAAAGUGUUAUUAGUGUAACAUUAAUAGUCAUCGAUAUCACAAACUAUCGAAAUUAAAACUAAACUUGAUUUAGUAAGAUCAAAACCUAAAGAAGACCACUUUAUUGAUCGAUUGCUCUUUUUAGCGGACGACUACCUUGCAACAUAGCACUAAACUUGAUUAUCUUUAGUAAGACCACAAACUAAAAGAAGACCACUUUAUUUAUUGCUCUUUUUAGCGGAUGACUACCUUGCAACAUAGCUCUUGUAGCUAAUAUCAAACUAAUAAGUCCUACGCCUAAGAUUUCUGUAGAAGAUAUAGAUU